AUGGCUUCAGACUCAGCUACAGACAAGGCUUCAUUGCCAUUCUCAGAACAACAUUAUUUCAGUUCUUAUGAUCAUUUCGGUAUUCAUGAAGAAAUGUUAAAAGAUCAAGUUAGAACACUAAGUUAUAGACAGGCAAUUUUGAAAAACAAAUCAUUAUUUAAAGAUAAAAUUGUCUUAGAUGUUGGUUGUGGUACUGGUAUCUUAUCAUUAUUCGCUGCCCAAGCUGGUGCAAAACAUGUUAUUGCCGUUGAUAUGUCAAAUAUUAUUGAAAUGGCUCAAAAAAUUGUCGAUUUAAAUGGUUAUAGUGAUAAAAUUACUUUAGUUAGAGGGAAAUUAGAAGAUGUUAAAUUACCUUAUCCUGAAGUUGAUAUCAUUAUUAGUGAAUGGAUGGGUUAUUUCUUAUUAUAUGAAAGUAUGUUGGAUACUGUUUUAUAUGCAAGAGAUCAUUUUUUGAAAAAAGGUGGAUUAAUCUUCCCAGAUAAAGCUACUAUGAGAAUUGCAGCCAUUGAAGAUGGUCAUUAUAAAGAUGAUAAAAUUCAUUAUUGGGAAAAUGUUUAUGGAUUUGAUUAUAGUCCUUUCAUCGACAUUGCUAUGUGUGAACCAUUAGUUGAUAUUGUGGAAAAUACUGCAGUUGCCACUACAAGUGCCUUAUUAACUGAAAUCGAUAUCAACACUGUCAAGAUUGAAGAUUUAGCAUUUUUCACAAAAUUCAAAUUAAAAGCUGUUAGAGAUGAUCAAAUUCAUGGAUUAGUUGCAUGGUUUGAUAUUUGGUUCCCAUGUGAUGAAGAGAAAAACAGAGUUUAUUUCUCAACUGGUCCACAUGCCAAUUAUACUCAUUGGAAACAAACUGUUGUUUAUUUAGAUCAAGUUUUAGAUGUUAAAAAAGAUGAAGAAAUUGAAUUCACUUUAGCUAAUAGACCAAAUGCUGUUAAUCCAAGAGAAUUAGAUAUUGAAGUUAAUUGGGAUCUCAAAGUUGAUGAUGAAUAUAGAUCAACAAAGGGUAAAUACAACUACUUCAUGCGUUAA